GCCGUCCGCAUGCCCACGACGCGUAGUCUAUUUUCCUCGCGGUGGUUCCGCCGUACACGCCGAUCACCAACCUCAGAAGAGCUAGAUGACGUCCGAUCCAGAACUACUCCAAGGGGCGAAAUGGACCGGCGACCCCGCGUUGCUCGUGUCCUCAGCUCCCCUGCCCGCACUGAUCACCAAAUCAACCCUACAAUUGAUGAAGAGUCUCUUGAAAGAGCAUUUCCGUCCAUGGGACACCUGGAAUAUGUUCUUGCCGGGUCCUCACCUCCGGCCGAAAGUGCACCAAACAUGUACGACAGCUUCGAAGAACCGCCUUUGGAUCUAACUGCGCACAUAUGCGCUGAUUCAUUGCGUCAAAGCGCCCAUGAACAGAUGCGAGCUGUUGGUGGAAGAUUACGGCUAUUGGAUGAAUUGGAAUCUGGAGUAAUCACUGUUGAAACGGCGCAAACCACUUUUUCAUCGGCUACAGAAGCAGAAAAAAAUGUUUGUUUGUUUUGGUCAGCUUUUUUGAAGCUUGCUAACCUCUUGCAACCCCUAAUUGAAGCAGGCGCCGAUAUUUUGUAUUAUGAUGCGCUUGGUUUAUCGCCGUUGCACGUGGCAGCAUUUAGCGGAUCAACAGAAUGUGCAAAUUACCUACUAUCGUGCGGAGCGGAUCCUAAUUAUAUGCCGCGAUGUUUCGUGCCGCUUCAUUGUGCAGCAUUCGGAAAUUCAGUACAAGUCGCAAAGUUGUUAAUCAAUCGUGGAGCUUCUGUACAUGCUGCUGUGAAAUACGUUAAUUGUGAAGGUGGCUUGCUCCACUGUGCAGUAAGAGCGAAUUCCGUUGAAUGUCUUAAACUCUUUAUAUCACAUGGUGUCGAUGUUAACCUAAUAGAACCCGGAGGCACUAACGCCAUUCACCUUGCAGCUGAUUUGGGAAUGACUCAGUGUCUCACUAUACUUCUUGAAACUCCAGGAGCUGAUCCAAACGUUAGAACAAGAGUUGGAGACAGGGAGUCCACGGCACUACACUUGGCAGCCGAUGGUGGAUUUGUCGAAUGUGUAGAUUUGCUUUUAAUAAAAGGUGCCGACGCUAGUUUCAAAAACCACAGAGGUUUCACAGCUUUACAUUUAGCUGCACGUUCAGCAAGUUUGGAAUGCGUUGAAUCAUUAUUGAGAAAAGGCAACGCCGAUCCAAACGCAUUGGACUUUGACAUGAGAACACCCUUACACGCAGCUAUUGGGAAAUCAGACAGCGCGUGCGAUAUUAUAGAGACAUUAAUAAGCUGGGGUGCCAAUGUAAAUCAGAAAGAUGAGUACGGCUUUACACCGCUGCAUUUGGCUGCACUGGACGGCUUGUCCGCAUGUGUAGAGACAUUAAUCUAUCACGGUGCUGACGUAACGACACGAUCUAAAAAAGGAAACUCCGCUCUUAAUGUAAUUGCUCGAAAGACACCAGCCUCAUUAGCUAUGGUAACAAGAAAACUCGAUUGUGCUAUUACACUACAUCAUUCACAGUCUAGCAAUAGAGAAGUUGAACUUGAACUUGACUUUCGUAGUAUAUUGCAGCAUUGCUAUCCACGUGAAAUAAGUUAUCUCAACACUUUUGUAGACGAAGGACAGAAGGAAGUGCUUUUACAUCCCUUGUGUUCUGCAUUCCUCUAUAUAAAAUGGGAGAAAAUAAGAAAAUAUUAUGUGGCGAGAUUAUUUCUCAGUUUCAUAUUUGUCUUGUGCCUCACGCUGUACGUGUUAACUGCACUUGCACAUAAUUGUUAUAACGGAAGCAAAGAUAUGGAAGAAACCAUUCAAGAACAAGAAUUAUGCCAAAAGCAGUCAAUACUUGGAGAUUUGUUGCGAAAAAACCCUUUUGUUAUCGAAAUGCAAUGGUGGGUGUUGGCGGGCAUUACAAUAUUCGAAAUAUUCAGAAAAGUAUAUGGUAUCGCUGGGUAUUCAACAAUGAAACAAUACCUCAUGCAAUCUGAGAACAUAAUUGAAUGGUUUGUCAUUGUAAGCGUAUUUCUGAUAUCUUAUAUUUAUACAAACAUCACAUAUACAUGGCAGAACCAUGUGGGGGCUUUCGCUGUUUUAGCUGGAUGGACCAAUUUAAUGAUGAUGAUAGGCCAGUUGCCCGUGUUCGGCACAUACGUCGCGAUGUACCAAAAAGUGCAAAAGGAAUUCGCAAAGCUUCUCAUGGCAUACUCUUGCAUACUAAUAGGCUUUACCAUAAGUUUUUGUGUUAUUUUCCCAGACUCUUCUUCAUUUGCAAAUCCGUUUAUGGGUUUUAUAACAGUGCUGACGAUGAUGAUCGGCGAGUUAAACCUAGAUUUGUUACUGAAUGAACCCGAUGGCAAUGACCCUCCUGUGUUACUAGAGUUCUCCGCACAAGUUACGUAUGUUUUGUUCCUUAUGUUUGUCACAGUGGUUCUUAUGAAUUUACUUGUGGGCAUUGCUGUUCACGAUAUUCAAGGCUUGAGAAAAACCGCAGGGUUAUCUAAAUUAGUCCGUCAAACGAAAUUGAUAUCUUACAUGGAGCUGGCGUUAUUCAACGGUUAUCUUCCGAAGUGUCUUCUUAAAAUAUUACAUUCAUCAGCUCUUGUCUCACCGCAAGCUUACAGAGUUGUAUUGAGUGUAAAACCCUUGAACCCCAGUGAAAAAAGACUACCGCGCGACAUUAUGAUGGCCGCGUACGAUAUAGCUAAGAUGAGAAAACAAUACGGACACACAAUAUCGUCCAACGGGUCUACUACCGGAGCGUAUUCCUGCUUCAAAAAAUAUGAGAAUAACAAUGACUCUGGCCACAGAGAGUACGGGUACUCGUCUGGCCUAGGCAGUCUGCAAGCGAGAUUAGAUGAAACAUCAGAGAACGUACGGCAAUUGACACAGGAAGUCAGAGAAUUAAAGAAGUUAAUAAGUGCACAGCAGCUCGUCAUCCAGCAAGCUCUGGCCGGUGCGAUGGACAACCGUUGAUGAUAUAAUGGCCGACCGGGUCAUUUAGUUUCAAUGCCAACGGUACACAAGUCAAUAAACUAUAGCGAACGUGCAUUGUCGUACAUUUAUACUC